AUGGUAUCCGAGGAAUUAUCUGUGGGGGGCUUCUUAGGUGGCCUUGGAUUGGGGGAUUAUUUGCAAAUAUUCUUAUCUGAGGGGUUCGACACUAUCCGAGCCAUCCAAGAGAUUACAGAGGAAGACCUCGAGCAAAUGCAAGUCAAGCGCGGACAUCGUCGAAUUCUUCAGAGGGCCCUAGGCAAACCAUCAUCAGCCAAUGGACUGGUUGGUCCACAUUCAACAAUACCACACCGCCUGGAACCUGGCAGUUCAUUCAUAGCGUCGAUUUCCUCUCCUUCUUUCUCGGCGGAGGGGCAUCUUCAUGGGUCACACAGAGAGCGGAGCCGUUCCUGGGAUCAUGAGUCUUCACAAUCAGGAUCUUCCCUUUUCGCGGGUGUAGACUCGAACCUCAGCCCAUCACAAGCUGCCUUCGGCACAAACGUUCAGAGUCGAUCUACGUCACUCCUAGAGUCCCCGAUAAAAUUCUUCCUGCCAACAAAACCCAAGAGGCGGUACCGUCGUCAUCCGAAGGCCGACCUAAAUGCACCUAAAAGACCACUCUCCGCUUACGUCAUGUUCAGCAAUACCGUUCGUGAACAGUUAAAGGGCCAACAAAUUUCCUUUACAGACAUAGCCAGAACCGUUGGUGAUCGCUGGAAGACUUUGGAUCCAAGUACUAAGGAGGCAUUUGAACGGGAAGCAUCAGAGCAAAAAGAUCGCUGGACCAAGUCAAUGCUCGCUUACAAGAGAACCCGAGAGUACGAGCAACAUCGCAGGUAUUUGCAGCAAUUUAAGGAAGCCCAGCAGGCCCGGAAUGCAGUAAAUAAAGCUCAACCCAAGCGCUUCAGUGAUGUGGACCGCAGCAGCACACAAAGUUUUGCAGUGGAAUCGGAGGUUAAUAAUGAUUCCUGUGAGGUAUCCGAUUUCGAGGAUGGAGAGCGAGAUGUUGCGCUUUCUCAUCCAAUCAUCCUCAGUCCGGUUCCCCCAUCUGAAGGGGUGACGACGAAUAGUUCUCUGACCGAUGCUUCUCCGCACCCGUCCCCAACAAGUGUAUCUGCGUACCAUCUCCCACCACCCAUUACAAACAAAACUCGGAUACGGCCCACUAUCCCAAAUCUCUGCACCUUGGACAAGCACUUGACUGAAUCCCAAACUCUUUUUUUUAAAUCCAACUACUCCAUCCGCAACAGUUCGGAACCUCGGGAAAAUGCGCAACUGUUUUGA